CUGGUUGAGGUGCCUUUCGGAUUAAACCUUGAGACCACCAUGCCCGUCACUAUCGGCACCAUACCAUACGGCCACACCCCAGCGAGUGGGCUGCAGCUGGCGGUGCCACUCAGGCUGCUGCUUCCACGGCUUUACGCUACACCAAAUGCGACCGCGGAGUCGACAUUUUUGAAGAAUCAGAUGGGAAUUUUGUCAGCUUUCUCUACACACCAAUGUGUCCCUUUGUCGUCAAUUACACCUUCUCACCUCCUCGACCGGCCGCAACUGCGGCUGCACAACCACGCGCUGCUGCUAAUACCGCCGCAAAGGCACAGGCAAAGACUGCAGCUAAGGCCCCACUCAAUCCUUCUGCUCCUCUGAUGCCUCCGUCCUAUGACGAUGUGCUGAGGAUGGACAAUCCAGCUCCCACCGCAGAGAAGGUCGACAAGCCGUAUGGCUUACUACUGAUUCGCUUCCCAGACGGCCACGUCACAGAGUUCAGAGAUCUUAUUUGGAGACAACAGAAGAGCCUAGCAGCGAGUGAGGGAGAAAUCAUUGCAUUUGCACAACAGGCCAUACACGACCCUGACAUGUGGCCAGCACGAACGUCAGUUGCCAUUUUGAAGUUCCCAUCUGUCGAGGUGGCAACUGAUUGGUUCAACAAGACACCAGGGGUCGCUGAUCUAAAGUUGAUGAAAACAUGUGACGCCGUUGUGGCAGUGAUGUCCGAAAAGUUCAGAGAAGCGAACCGCAUAUUUUCGUUGUCCUCGUCGUGUAUGAAGACUUCACCUUCAAAGGCUGAGUUGGCCAAGGUUUUCAAUCUGUAUAAGACAACGAUACGAAAACUCAGGAUAUGGAAGACAGGGGUGAAUCUUGCAGCUACCUACAAGUUCACAACACUACGAGGCAAAUGGGUGGAAGACAAGUACAGCAUCGGCCUGUCACAGUGGGAGACCAUGGACCUAUUGUACCAGUUUAAAAGCGAAGGAAAAGUUGGUCCCAAUAAAGAGUGCCAUGAUAAACUACUUGAAAUAUUAGACAUUAAAGAAGGCAUUAUCUUUCAAUCAGAGGAUUUGUCCCUCUUCCAAAAGACAUUCAUACAUUCGAACGAGCGAUCUGACAGUCCCGCCGUCGAAACUCAUUUGGGAAAUAGCGAUAGUGGCAAUGACUCUACUCAAAAGGAUGCUGACAUUGAGACAGAACCUGAGGCUGAGGCUGAGGCUGAUGCUGAGGCAGAACCAGAGGCAGAGGUAGAUGUAGAAGCAGAACCUGAGGCCGAAGCGGAGGCAGAGGCUGAGGCUGAAGGGGAACAUGAAGGGGAAAUGAAGAAAAAAAUAACUGCAUCUCAAAGUUCAGCCACAGACAUACGGUUGCAAAAUACAGAUAGUGGCAUAGCUCUUGCUCAGAACGAGGCCCCGGGUCGUGGAAACAAUGAUACAAGAGAAUGCUAGGAAUAAGCAACUGGUAAUUAAUAUGCCUGAGAGCUAAAAUUAUUUCAUUUCUGGUCUUCGGACCUUAAAGCGUUAACUGUUCCUUGUAAACUGUGAUAUGAAGUACACUGGAGGUUUCCUCUAGAUUUAAUGACGCAAAACUGAAUUUUGAACCAAAGAUUGUGGCGCUUUGUAAGGCCAGAAAUCGCAUAUUCUACUCGCACAGGUGACCGACAACGUGAGUGUGUGGCAUGCCUACUUCAUUUGAUAACAGUGUAGGCAUUUUGUGGGAGCCAGUUAUUUGUAAUUAUAU